CACACCUCCGUUGGGGACGAAGCCGAGAAGUUAGAAGUUGUGUCUUGUUACAAAUUACAAUUUGAAGAUGGCGGAUGAUUCUGAUGUUGCCGCUCUGGUUAUUGACAAUGGCUCGGGAAUGUGUAAAGCUGGUUUUGCUGGAGACGAUGCACCAAGAGCUGUUUUCCCAUCAAUUGUGGGAAGGCCAAGGCACCAGGGUGUAAUGGUUGGUAUGGGCCAGAAAGACAGUUAUGUUGGAGAUGAAGCUCAGUCAAAAAGAGGAAUCCUGACCUUGAAAUACCCAAUUGAGCACGGCAUUGUCACCAACUGGGAUGACAUGGAGAAGAUUUGGCAUCACACCUUCUACAACGAGCUUCGUGUGGCUCCCGAGGAACACCCGGUCCUUUUGACGGAGGCCCCACUUAAUCCCAAAGCGAAUAGAGAAAAGAUGACUCAGAUCAUGUUCGAAACGUUCAACUCCCCUGCCAUGUACGUGGCCAUCCAGGCUGUGUUGUCGUUGUACGCCUCUGGCCGUACAACUGGUAUUGUACUGGACUCUGGUGAUGGUGUCACUCAUACCGUCCCCAUCUACGAGGGCUACGCCUUGCCGCACGCCAUCAUGAGACUGGAUCUCGCUGGUCGUGAUCUUACAGACUACUUGAUGAAGAUUCUUACGGAGCGUGGGUACUCUUUCACCACUACCGCUGAACGAGAAAUUGUACGAGACAUUAAAGAAAAGCUGUGCUACGUUGCACUGGAUUUUGAACAAGAAAUGCAAACAGCCUCAUCGUCGUCAUCGCUCGAAAAAAGUUACGAGCUGCCAGAUGGUCAGGUAAUCACUAUCGGAAACGAACGAUUCAGAUGUCCGGAGGCCAUGAUGCAACCUUCGUUCCUCGGUAUGGAAUCGUCAGGCAUUCACGAGACAACUUACAACUCCAUUAUGAAGUGUGACGUGGAUAUCAGAAAAGAUUUGUACGCCAACACUGUUCUGUCUGGCGGUACCACAAUGUAUCCAGGCAUUGCAGACAGAAUGCAGAAGGAAAUUACGUCGCUGGCUCCAGCCACCAUGAAAAUUAAGGUGAUUGCUCCCCCAGAGAGGAAAUACUCAGUCUGGAUUGGCGGGUCUAUCUUGGCUUCUUUGUCCACAUUCCAGCAGAUGUGGAUCAGUAAACAAGAAUACGAUGAAUCUGGUCCAAGUAUAGUGCACAGAAAAUGUUUCUAGACUCUCAAGGAAGGGUAUCGAGCAUUACAAUUAUUAAUGGCUAUCGCUUGUUGGGACAUCGAGGUCAACGUUUCCCCGACUGUUGGUGUCGCUCGAACUACGUGUAACAUUCAGUGCAAUUUCAGUUGUUGAACAUUACCAAAAAAUAAUCUGUAUAUAAACUGUAUAAUAAAAACAUUUUAAAUUA